AUGGACUCUGUGGCACGGCUCGUCAAUGUGACCCUCUAUCGCCGAGUGGACAAUGACCCUCCGGAGCCAGCGUCCUGCGCUCUCAGUGAGGGCGAGUCCUGGUCAGCCUGCCCAUCGCCACCCUGUGUGUCCAGGAGGUGUGUCUUCCACCACGACAUCUUUGUCCUCAGCGAAAAUGACUAUUACUACUUCCAGCCAGAGAGGCCUCUCGGAGCCCAGCUGACCGUGGAUCUGACCCAGCACGUCCAGCCCCCUACACCCCAGGACCUGCAGGUCAAUGACACAGGGGACCACUUCCUGCUGAGCUGGAGGACGCCCCUUGGGGACCCCCAGAGCCACUGGCUGUCUGAGGGCCACCUGGAGUCUGAGCUGGUCUAUAGGCGACUUCAGGACUCCUGGGAGGAGGCCAGCACCCUCUACUCCAACUCCUCCCAGGCCACUCUGGGGACCGGACAGCUCGUGCCCAGCAGCACCUACGUGGCCCGAGUGCGGACCCGGCUGGCCCCGGGCACAGGGCUCUCAGGGCGGCCCAGUGAGUGGAGCCCUGUGGUCCACUGGGACUCCCAGCCAGGCGAUGAGGCCCAGCCCCAGAACCUCCAGUGUGUCUUCAAUGGAGCCCACGUGCUCAGCUGCUCCUGGGAAGUAAGGUCCGAGGUGGCUCGCUCCAUCCCCUUCAGCCUCUUCUACAAGCCCAGCCCAGAGGCAGAGUGGAUGGAGUGCACCCCAGUGCUGACUGAGAUGCCCAGCAGCCCCUACACCCGGCACUGGUGCCAGAUCCCAGUGCCUGAGCCCAGCACCCAUGGCCAGUACAUGGUGUCCGUGCAGCCCAAGAAGGAGGAGAAGUUCAUCAAGAGCUCCAAGCACAUCCAGAUAAACCCCCCAACCCUCAACGUGACCAAGGACAACAACGGCUACACCCUGCUCUGGAAAUCGCAGAAGCAGUACUAUGACCACCUACCCUAUGACUUUGAAGUCCAGUACCGGAAGGACACUGACUCCUGGGAGGAGAGCAAGACAGAAGCCCUAAAGAACGCCGACAACAUGCCCCUACCACCCUUGGCACCCUCCACCAAGUACUGGGCCCGGGUGAGGGUCAGGGUUAAUUCGGAAAGCUACAAGGGGUUCUGGAGCGAGUGGAGUGAGGAGUGCACCUGGGACACGGAGUGGGCGCUGCCUGUGUGGGUCCUGGCGCUCAUCCUGGCCCUGGUCACCCUGGCCUUGCUCCCCGCCCUGCGCUUCUGCGGCGUCUACGGAUACAGGCUGAACCAGAAGUGGAAGGACAGAAUCCCCAACCCCAGCAAGAGCCACCUGUUCCAGAACGGGGCCGCAGGACUCCAGUUCCCGUAUAGCCUGCCGGACUUCAGCAGUCGGAGCCUCUCACACAAGGAGUCAGAGAGCAGCCUGGUCCCCGACCUGGAGAGGGUGUGCUCAGUGGAUGGUGGGGACAGCCAGGUGUCACCUCUCAUCACGGAGAAUCCCAAGUCCACCACCGGCGACUCACCGUCUGACUCGGAUGUGACUGCGGCCACCGCGGAACCCUUGGAGCAGCUCUCCAGCCCCCCACCCGAUGACCUGUCUGCCCCCUUGGGUAGCCCUGACAGCCAGGCUUCUGGCUUCCACUUCAAUGGUCCCUAUAUCAGGUCACCCCAGAGCCACUCCCUGCCUGACCUCUGGGGUCAGCUGCCAACCCCUCACACAGAGGAGAGCGGGCACCCACCACUUCCAGGGUCCCUGGAGUACCUGUGUCUGCCCCCUGGGGGGCAAUCGCAGCUCGUCCCCCUAGCUCAGGCCGUGGGGCAGAACCAGACCAUGGGUGUGCAGUGCGGGCCCAGCCCAGGGAUGGAGGGGAACACCUCCCCCAAGUCAGGAGAAGGCCCUGCCUGUCCUCCACCUGAGCCCCUAGGGGGUGUCCAGGACCCAAAGGAUAGUCUGGUGGCUCUGGCCUCCGGGGCAGGGGACCCUGAGGGUGGGGCUGUGGCCUCUGGCUAUGUCAGCACUGCAGACCUGGUAUUUGCCCCAUCCCCAGGGGCCCCUCUUGGCCUCUCCUCCCGCCAGCCCCACAAGCCCUGUUCUGGGCCAUCCAGUGGGCCCCCUGAUACUCCAGACCCCCUGCAGCCAAGAUUUGAGAGCUAUGUGGCGCUCCCUCCAGUCACAGGCCAGCUUCCCACACCCUCUCUUGACAGUCCUACCUGCCCUGUACCUCACAGCCCAGUCCUGAGCCCAGGGGAGCCCCAAGCGCAGGAAAGUCCUGGGUCCCCCCACCCCGAGGGUCUCCUUGUUCUGCAGCAAGUUGGGGAUUACUGCUUCCUUCCUGGUGUGGGGCCUGUCCCGCUCUCACCCCGGGGCAAGCUCUGCCCUGACAUAGGGGCCCUGGACCUAGGGGGGGCCCAGGCCAAGAAGCCCCCAGGCCCAGCGUUGCCUCAGGUGCCAGCCGUUCAGCUCUUCAAAGCCAUGAAGCAGCAGGACUACCUGGCGAUGCCCCCUUGGGAGGUGGGCAGGUCUAGGGUGGUGUACUGAGACCCCCAGUCGUUCUGAGGGUGUCUGCAGAGAGUGCCGGCCUAUGGGACCCUCAUCCCUUCCCAGACACUCCACAGUGGCAAGGAGAAGCUUCCCUAUUGAAGAGAAGAAGACCUGGCAUAAGGCUACUCCCCCCACCCCUC